GCUGUAAGUUUUUUUUCUGGGGCUUGGAAACAACCUAUAGUUUUGUGGUUGAAGUGUGUAUUUAACCAUUUCCCGUGCCUGUAAAUUAUGCAGAACAUGCGAGGCAGGGAUUACCAGUACAGUGUGUCAUGGGGUCAUUUUAUCGUGUGUGUGUGUCAAGGCAGAAGAUCUAAUUUUUGUCUCUUGAUCGGUUUCCGACGGAAGAUGGGGCCUUGAAGGAUAUAAGUGAAAUAAGUCAUGUUUUUGCCGCUAGAUGGGGUUCUGAGACCUGAAAAUUAAGCAGAUCGGAAGAGACCGUUCGUGCGGCCUUAUAAUAAGUUCAUUGCCUUCUAAUAUUUCAGACGAUAAUGACGCAAACUUCACAUCUUGGAACUUCUCGGAUGUAUGGAGAGUGACGCUAUAGGAACGAGAUACCACGUCAUUGACACACAAGGAUAUAUAUACAGAUCUUAGCGAGCGUUACGGGCAAAGUGGUAAAUUCAGUCAGGACAUAAAGUGGACCUAGUGUUGGUGUGAAAAUACUCUGAUUGCAUAUAUCACCGUUUACUUUGCAGUUUUUUUUUUCUGUUAAAGGAAAAUAACUUUAUUGGCACAGACACAUGUUGCUCGAGGACAGUUAGGGUUCAGCUGUUAUAACUUUAUAAAAAAGGACGCGUGGACAGUCAUAAAACAGGCUGACAGGUGUAAAAGUCGAUGUUAAAUAUCAAGCAGACGGUCCAAGAAUACCCCUGUGUUGUUUUGGAACUUAAAAAACGCCAAAUUGCAGAUUAAACUUUUCUCUCGGAUACAGUAAUUCAAAGAUGACUGUAACUUAAAAGCACGUGGAUAGAAAACAGUUUCGGGCUGAAUUUUUUCCAGAUAACCACAACCCUGAAGCAAAACGGCUUCAGGAUUUUAAUUAAUUUUCACUUGACACACAAAAAAAACAGCUUCUCUUUGGGAAAAUUGCCGUUAACUAACUAGAAGCACGCAGUUACUAAACGAAGAGAAAAAUUACGUAAGAGGCAUCUGCAACAGGGAUAUAUAUCAGCAAUAUAGCAGGACAAGAACCCAUUCAUGACUAUGGAAAACUUUACCAACGGCACGAACGAAACCGACUGUCCAAUCGCUAUUACACCAGAAGACAAAAAAGUGGCCGUUCCAGUGAUAUUGUUGUUGAUAUGUUUUAUCGGAAUUGUAGGUAACUUGGGAGUAAUCUACGUCGUCUAUAAAUUCCGUCAGAUGAAUCCUUUGUUCUUGAAUCUGGCAGUCGCCGACCUUCUCUUUAACCUAUUCGGAUUGCCAAUCUACGCGGCAUUUUACGCAACAAAACACAGAAUCCUCAUCGGAGACGUUACUUGUAAGACUCUUUAUUAUCUGACAUAUGUCACCAUGGGAGUGAGUAUAUAUUCCCUCGUGGCUAUUUGUCUUCUGAGAUACCUUAGCAUCAAAUACCCGUUACAUCUUAGAACCAUGCUAGGGCGUGGUACGUCGUACAAGGCAGCGGCGGUCACGUGGGUAGUCAUGUUACUUUUGAAUAUCCCGCUCUUGAUCAUAAUGACGGAAGAGGGUGGUAAGCCGUGUAGUUUACGAGUUGGAGAGUCGUCUCUGUACUACAUAUAUGUCACCGUCGUAUUUGGUAUAGAUUUCAUCACCCCUGCUACCAUCAUUGCAGUUCUGUCUACCUUCAUCGUGAUUCACGUGUUCCACAUACAGAAAGAGCAUCGAACCCUGUCUGAAAAUGAAAAAGGAGGAUUCCACAAGGCGUCUAAGAUGGCCACGAAAAGGCUCAUGAUCCUCGUCAUUCUUGUUUUCAGUCUCUUUAUCGUGUGCUGGGCGCCGAUGCACGUGCUCUUCCUGCGCGCGGUUCUGAACCGUGACGUGGCGGACGACCGGCCUUGCAUCUGGAAACAGGUCACGGAGUACAUUUUCCUGAUUGCCCAAAUCCUCGCUUUCUCCAACUCCAGUGUCAAUCCCAUUCUUUACAAUUUUGUAUCAAAGGAAUUUCGACUGGCGUUUGCCAGGGCAAUGUGCCCCUGCUAUUACAAGAAAAGGGACGAGGAGCAGUCAGAAAUCACCCGACGGAUAACGGUGUCAUAUCGCACGGACGCCGAGAUGGAAGUCUCAGACUCCUGUUAUCAGUCGGUACCUUUGAAAACAUUGAAAUAACUUGCUUCUGAUGGAAGCACAUUUAUGUCAUUAAGAAAUGUUAAAUAAUCAAAACACACAGAAGAGGCUGUGGCUUUAAUGUGUUUGGACCAAAAUUACUGGUUUUUGAGCGCGUCAUCUUUAUUCCACCAAAGGCUAUAUGAAAUUGGCACAGACUGUUUUUCUCCCUGCAAAAUGAUUAUGAUAUUUAUUAUUCAUUUACGCGGAAGCAGUUGUUAAUAAAGUAUUUAAGUAUUUGGUGGUCA